UUGUCACGCCGGGUUGUUCGCGCAAAGGACGACAGGAGAUACACAACCAAACCACAUGCUGCUAAAAGACGGACAGAACGCUUUUACAUUAGUGCUGCACUUGUGGACAUAUAUUAUACAGACAAUGCAUUGGGUCUUGCAGAGGACUCUCCACAGGACAAAGAGUUCUGCUCAUCUGCUUAGAAGACUCUUCUCCCAAAAGGAGUUACCUACUUUAACGCUUUAUACCAAGGACCCAUGCCCAUUGUGUGAUGAAGCAAAAGAAGUCCUUGAACCAUACAAACACAGGUAUAUUUUUCAGCAGGUAGAUAUCACACUGCCAGAGAACAAAGUUUGGUGGGACAGAUACAAAUACGACAUCCCAGUCUUCCAUCUGAACGGACAGUUUCUAAUGAUGCACAGAGUUAACACUACACUCCUGGAGAAACGGUUGGCUGAAGUGGAUCAAGAACAACAAUAAAAUGAAUUUGCAAUAGUAUAGCCUACUUAAAGCUAGAAUUCAGGUCACCCCGCCUGUGUUUUGGUAUAGAGCUGAGGGAUGGGCACUAGAUACAUUUAACUACGCUCAAAUUCAUGGACAGAGCUAUGGAUGCAAGGACUGACCAUCCAUGAUAUAAAAAUUAUAGUUUCAACCAAGUUUUGAGGCUA